UUGUUCUUGCUUCUUUGCAGGACUCAUGGAAGCAGACCGGUCGCCGUGGUUAGACCUGCCGCUGGACAUAGCAGGCCUGGUGUUCAGCCUGCUCGCCCAGUACGCCGACCGCGCCGCCUUUGCUCUGGUGUGCCCGCAGUGGCGUGCCGCCGCGUCGCGGAAGGGCCUGCCCCCAUCGCUGCCGGUGCUCGCGCUCCCAGACGGCACCUUCUUCAGCAUCUUCUACCCUAAGCGCUAUCCCUUCCCUGGCUGCGGCUUCGCAGGGUACGAGAGUGUCUGUGGCAGCUGGCUCGUCUUCCCACGCGACGACGGCUGCGUCCUGGUCAAUCCAUUCUCCAGGGACUCCUUCACGCUCCCUGCUCUCUCCAGCAUCCGACUCCGGCCCCCAAAUGCAGUCGCUAAGUGGUCACUCGAGGAUGGGUCAAACGUUGCCGACCCUUACGUCACAUGGAUGCAUAUCAAUACAUCGGAACAGCUACACCUAAGUAAGAUAAUGCUGUGCUCGCCAAACCUUGUUGCUGCACUGGUUGGCAUUGGACACACCAGCCAGAUUCUACUGUGCCAGCGAGGGGCCUCGGCGUGGUCAGUGCGUGCUUACGAUCAGUGUAAGGCGUUCGAAGACAUGGCCUUCUACCAGGGCAAGCUCUACGCCAUUGCCAAUGACGAGAACCUCCUUGUGGUGAACAUCAGCCAGGACCAUAGCACCGGCGAUCCACAGGUUUCUGGGAUUGGACAAGUCAUCGAGGGUGAUUCUCCUCCAUUGUAUUCAGUUGUGUUCGAUGACAACACCAUGCUCUGCAAGAAGCUCUACCUGGUUGAAUCGCAGGGGGUGUUGCUGAUGGCACGAAGGACGAUCAUUUGCAGGGUACCUGGACCUGGAGCAGAGCCUGGUGAAGCUGUUGCUGGACUGACUGGGUUUAAGGUUUUCAAGGCCGACUUCGAGCAUUCACGGUGGGUCGAGGUGUCAACCGUGGGGGCUGACCAACUGCUGUUUCUAGGGCGAAGGUGUUCCAGGGCCAUGUCUGUGUCUCAGUACGACGGGCUGUUGGGUGAUUAUAUCUUCUUCUUGGAUGAUGAUGAGGAGAAUCGUAUGGACUACUGCUACGACAAUGAGGACACUUCGUUCGGCGGCUAUGGAAUGAGAUCCAACGCUGUCCAUUUCCCUCAUCCAUAUAUUUUCUGGAAACGUUGCGAUGAGAUGCGUCUGGCUGCAUGGCUAUUCCCUCAGGACUGAUGGGAAUGUGUCAUAAUGCUAUAUAUAUGCAAGCUGCUCCCAAGUUAUCUGGCCAUUCUAUAGUUAUUGUUGUUCCGGGUUAUUCUGCAACCUGCUCAUAGGGUUAUCUAUCUGAUGGUGGUAUAUUUGGUGGUUGACAUAGUGUUCACUGGUUCCCUACAAGCCGUGAAAUGCAUUAGUAGUAUUGCUACUAUCUAUCUGAACUUUGUUACUCUGUUAAGUGCUGUUUGUUAAUCAGUGCUUGUCUGAAGUUAUAAUGGUGGUUACUACUACUAUGGUAGUUUUUCGAUUAGUAGCGUGGCUGUUGAUGUGCCUAUGAAAGAUCUUAAAAUGCAUGAUUGCUUAUCUGAA